AUGACUUCAGAUGAGAAGAAGGUCCUGAUCUUCGAAGAAGUCUCGAAGCACAACAAAACCGAGGACUGCUGGCUUGUAAUUUCCGGCAAGGGAAACGAUUUCGAAGACAUCGGCCACAGCGACACUGCAAGUGAUAUGAUGAAGCAGUACUACAUUGGGGAGACCGACCCUUCAACCGUGCCACCGAGACGAACUUACGCUCCGCCACAGCAAGCGAGGUACGAACAAGCCAAGACCUCGGAUUUCGUGGUAAAGAUUCUGCAGUUCCUGGUACCUGUCUUGAUCGUGGGACUGGCUCUUGCCGUCCGUCGUUACACCAAGAAAGAAGAGUAA